CGCACUAGCUAAAAGCUCCUUCACUCUCGCAAGUUUCUCUCGUUACCUUGCACUGUUCUUAAAUUCCGAUCAUCGCUGUCCGAUCCUCCAGUUGAUGUAAUCGGAUCCCUCGAUCAACAUAUAUAGUUUUCAUUUAUUCUGUCGGAUCCAAUCGGUCGCCAAUCGAGUUUCUUCAGUUGGGUUUUGGUGGUUGUUUUCUAGUAAUUUAGGGUUUGAAGUGCAUCGAACAAUGGUGCCUUCACUCCAGUUCUCCACGCUCCCUUGCGUUACCUCUUUCUAUGGUAGCAGUUCACGUUCUUAUCAUCUGAAACCCCGUCUUGAAAAAGGUGAUCGUCGUGGUAAUCUUAGUUAACACUCAGCCUAUUAUUCGUCCUUUUCCGUCUAAUUAGCAUCUGUAGCUUUUGCCCUGUGUAAUCUUCUCAAUCUAUCUUCCCCUCUCGUUUUUCGAUUUUAUUACCAUAUUCUGCCUCUGAUACGGCGAACUCGCUCUCCUCGACUAAUCGGAGUCUGAUCGCGCGAUCGAUAAGUGAAAUCCGCCUCGAGGUAUCCUGGACUGUUUGAUUCAGGUGCGUGUUGAAGUUUGGAUUAAACCGAUAUUAUUUAACGAAAAAGCUGCAAACCAGUGCCAAUGGACAUUGAUGUAUCAACCUCUGUUGAUGUAAACAACUGCCAUGGAUUGUAUAUAUACACACCUGAAUCCACUCAAAAUCUUUCUGUGGAUAAACUCGGGAAAAAUGUCACUCAGUUUCUGAAUAUCCAAGAUGACAAAGAUGGGGUUCCAGGCUCUAAACCACCACAUGGAAAAUAUGAGAAGUAUUUCAGCAAUCCAACAACAUUUAUUUGUUCAAUCGAAUCCACUCUCUCUCCAGGAGCAUCUGUAGAAGCCAUAACUGUCAAUGAGCCUACACCUUGUGACAACCUUAAAUCUGUUCAUCCAACUUGCUCACGUCCUCCAUCCUUGCCUACUGCCUGGAAGCCUGUGUCAGCCAUGAAAGGUAGCAGAGAGAAACGAGGAGUGACCCCACCUCAAAAGCUGACAGUGAAGUGGGCCCCAAACGUCUACGAUCCAGUCCCCACCUCAGUUUCCCACACGGUAACAAACAGAAACAGCAAGCCUCAAAGACAAACCAAGAAAAACACAAAAUCCAAACAGAAGAAUGGAAACAAGUCAUCACGUGGAAGUGGAAGUAAAUACAAAGACAAAAAACAAGGCCGGAAGCGUGGUGGUGAUUCUUCCACCGCUGGUUUCAAGCCGCCUGAGCAGGAGGAGGAGGUGGUGGGUGAUUAUCCCCUGCCGCCACCAACCGCCAUGGAGUUUCAUGUCGGAAAUCCAGAUCAAUUCUGUGGGACCAGCUUUCUGAAGAGAUAUGACACAAACCAGGUAUGUGUGGGUGGACUUGUAUAACUCUAUAUUAGUGAAAAAUAAAGCUAAAAGUUUGGCUAAAUGAUAGUGCAAUUAGGCUGGAGGGUGUGGUGCCGCAAGAACCACACUCCCUCCUCUGCCACAUAGUGUGGUUCUUUGCCACACGCUAGGUGUGGUAUACCAAAGAGGGAGGGAGGGAAACUGCGGUUCCUACCGCAGUGUGGGGUGGUGUUUUGGCUGAUGAUGUGGCGGAAGCGUGGGUGCAACUGCACCCACUCCCUCUGGUCUUUAUGUUUAAUGAGUGAUCCAAAUGAAAAGAAAAAGCCAUCUAGAUCCACAGUUGGUCAAGGUGGAUCCAGAUGAAAAGUGUCGCGACCUGCUUGUGAGGGAAAACGGGUUUGAGGUGCGGGUCAAAACUCAAAAGGGCCAAGAUUCAGUUAUACGUGGGUGAUGAGGUUUGGCAGUGAAAUAGCUGCUUUCACAAGUUGACUCAAUGUUUUAAAAUCCGGGUCGACCCGGUUGGACUGCGACUCGGUGAAGAGAGCGGGUUGAUUAUGAGCAGGUUUAUGGUUUAACCGAUGACAAGAAAGUUAUGUUUUUCAAUGUUUGAAUUUUUAGACUAAAAUUUUUCACUCGAAACACCACCACAAAUACUUAGACAUCCUGUGUUUGUCAGCCGCAUCUUGAAAUGUUGAAAAAAACACUAAAAAUAUCUUUGAAAAAAACACUAAAAAUAUCUUUGAAAAACGUAUGUGUAUGUAAGCAUAUGUGGAC